AUGCCAAGGAAGAGAAGAACAGAACUUCCUCAAAGUAGGGGUGAGAGCUCUGAGUCCCAGGAACCUGGUGCUGGUCGGGGUGCUCAGCCCCCUGCCGAGAGGAGUGGUCCACCCCAACAGGGAGGAGGUGGAGGAGGAUACCAGGGUGGAAGGGGUUGGCGUCCCCAGUCUCAGCAAGGAGAUCGUGGAGGUGGUUAUGGUGGUAGCAGAGGUAGGGGAGGGAUGCAACAACAGCACUAUGGUGGAGCCCGUGAAUAUCAGGGCCGAGGAAGAGGGCAACCUCAGCAACCACAAGCACCCAAGCUGCACCUAUCUACUCCAGCUCCUUAUCCAGCUGGGGUGACCGCUCAGCCUAUGCCAUCUGAGGCAAGUUCUUCAAUGCGACCACCAGAGCCAUCGUUAGUUACUGUGUCACAGCAGAUGCAACAACUGUCUAUCCAGCAAGAAGCUUCUACUAGCCAGGUAACUCAGCCGCCGCCAGCCUCAAGUAAAUCAGUGAGGUUCCCUCUUCGGCCUGGCAAAGGUAGCACUGGAAUAAGGUGUAUUGUAAAGGCUAAUCACUUCUUUGCUGAGCUACCAGACAAGGAUUUGCACCAGUAUGAUGUUACCAUAACUCCAAAGGUUGCAUCAAAGGGUGUUAAUCGAGCUAUAAUGGAACAACUGGCGAAGGAUUUCAAAAUCACCCUCAUUGAUGAGGAUGAUGGAACAGGCGGGCAAAGGAGAGAGAGGGAAUUCAAAGUUGCGAUCAAAUUGGCUGCUCGUGCUGACCUGCACCAUUUAGGACUCUUUUUGGAGGGAAGGCAAGCUGAUGCACCUCAGGAAGCCCUUCAAGUUCUUGAUGUAGUGCUGCGUGAAUUGCCUACUGCUAGGUACUGCCCAGUUGGUGGAUCAUUUUAUUCCCCUGACCUAGGAAGGAGACAGCCUCUUGGCGAGGGCUUGGAGAGUUGGCGUGGUUUCUAUCAGAGUAUUCGCCCUACACAGAUGGGACUCUCCCUGAAUAUUGAUAUGUCAUCGACUGCUUUCAUUGAGCCGCUACCAGUAAUUGAUUUUGUGACUCAAUUAUUGAAUCCGGAUGUUUCCUCCAAAGUGUUGUCUGAUUCUGAUCGUAUAAAGAUUAAAAAAGCUCUCAGAGGUGUCAAAGUUGAAGUUACACACCGUGGAAAUAUACGCAGAAAGUACCGUAUAUCUGGUUUAACAUCACAAGCAACACGAGAGCUGACUUUCCCGGUCGAUGAAAGAGGAACCCUGAAAUCUGUUGUGGAGUACUUUUAUGAGACCUAUGGCUUUGUAAUUCAACAUACUCAAUGGCCUUGCCUGCAAGUGGGAAAGCAACAGAGACCUAACUAUUUGCCUAUGGAGGUGUGUAAGAUUGUUGAGGGUCAGAGGUACCCUAAAAGAUUGAGUGAGAGACAGUUCACUGCUUUGUCGAAGGUGACUUGCCAAUGUCCUAAAGAAAGGGAACGAGAUAUUAGGCAGACAGUUCAUCACAAUGCAUACCAUAACGAUCCUUAUGCUAAAGAGUUUGGUAUCAAAAUUAGUGAAAAGCUUGCUUCGGUUGAAGCUCGCAUUCUGCCUCCCCCAUGGCUCAAGUAUCAUGACACAGGCAGAGAGAAGAAUUGUCUUCCUCAAGUCGGGCAGUGGAACAUGAUGAAUAAGAAAAUGGUUAAUGGAGGAAGAGUGAAUAAUUGGAUCUGCAUCAAUUUUUCGAGGAAUGUUCAAAACAGUGAUGCCCGAAGAUUUUGCUAUAGACUUGCACAAAUGUGCCAAAUUUCUGGCAUGGACUUUGCUCUUGAGCCAUUGCUUCCUCCCGUCAGUGCUCCUCCUGACCAAGUAGAAACUGUUUUGAAAACUCGAUACCAUGAUGCAAUGACAAAACACCAGCCGCAUAGCAAGGAGCUUGAUUUGCUCAUUGUGAUUCUCCCGGAUAACAACGGUUCUCUUUAUGGUAAUUUGAAGCGUAUUUGUGAGACAGAUCUUGGGCUUGUUUCUCAGUGCUGCUUGACACAGCAUGUAUUCAAAAUGUUACCGCGAUAUCUGGCCAAUGUGGCUUUGAAGAUAAAUGUGAAGGUUGGAGGAAGGAAUACUGUGCUUGUGGAUGCAUUAUCAAGACGUAUUCCUCUAGUCAGUGACCGGCCUACAAUUAUUUUUGGUGCUGAUGUCACUCAUCCUCAACCUGGGGAGGACUCAAGCCCAUCUAUUGCAGCUGUUGUUGCUUCCCAAGAUUGGCCAGAGGUUACUAAGUAUGCUGGUCUGGUUUGUGCUCAAGCCCAUCGAGAAGAGCUUAUCCAAGAUUUGUAUAAGACAUGGCAGGAUCCUGUACGAGGGACUCUGUCUGGUGGCAUGAUAAAGGAACUUCUCAUAUCUUUCCGAAGAGCAACAGGGCUGAAGCCACAGAGAAUUAUAUUCUAUAGAGAUGGUGUCAGUGAAGGACAGUUCUAUCAAGUUUUGUUUUAUGAACUUGAUGCAAUUCGCAAGGCAUGUGCUUCUUUAGAGCCCGACUACCAGCCUCCUGUGACAUUUGUUGUGGUUCAGAAGCGUCAUCACACUAGACUGUUUGCAAAUGAUCAUCGUGACCGUAAUGCUGUUGACCGGAGUGGGAAUAUAUUGCCUGGUACUGUUGUGGAUUCAAAAAUUUGUCAUCCAACUGAAUUUGACUUCUAUUUGUGUAGUCAUGCUGGGAUUAAGGGUACAAGCCAUCCAGCUCAUUACCAUGUACUUUGCGAUGAGAACAAUUUCACUGCUGAUGGAUUGCAGUCCCUUACAAACAAUCUUUGCUACACAUAUGCCCGUUGCACGCGUUCUGUUUCCAUCGUGCCGCCUGCAUACUAUGCUCAUCUUGCUGCAUUCCGAGCUCGUUUCUACUUGGAACCAGAGACAUCUGACAGCGGAUCAACGACAAGCGGUAUGGCUGCUGGACGUGGAGGUGUAGGAGCCGGUGCUCAACCCACACGUGGACCUGCUGCUAGUGCUGCUGUGAGGCCCCUGCCCGCCCUGAAGGAGAAUGUCAAGCGGGUUAUGUUCUACUGUGUCCAGGUGGAUUUAGUUCCAAAAUCCGGAGGUGAAUUUCUGGUCAAUGCAUCUUAUAACUUGGAUGCAUUUGUACCCUGA